UUCUAGAUUAUUCUAGAGAGGACGAUGAAGAUAAUCUACCAAGUUGGGGACAGUUGGCUAUCAAUGCAUCUGUAACAGAGGAAUUGACAGGAACAACUUUGAGUGGUCAAGGUUUGACUUCUUUCUACAGUCAUUCCAUCAAGAUGGAGUUUCAUGGAUCAACUCCUAAAACGUUUAAGCCAGGCUUGUCAUUUGUUGCCAGGGUACUUGUUACAACACUGGAUAAUAAACCUGUAGAAGGAACUAAUGUCACCAUUACUGCUAGUACCCAUAAUGAGUCGACUCCAUUUGUUGUUCAAGUUGUAGGAGGAAUUGCUUUGUUGAUAUACGAUGUACCAACAUGUGCUAUGUGGCUGUCGCUGAAUGCUAAGUGCAAGGAUCCAAGGACAGGAAAUAUAGAGACCACAUACAGUCACCCUAGCAUAAGCAAAUCUCCUAGCAAUAGCUUUAUCCAACUGUCAACGAGUACCUCGAGUGCUCAAAUUGGCACGUCUUUGAAUUAUGGAGUCAAAUCAACUUUUGAAUUUUCAAAACUCUACUACCAGGUAAUGGCUCGUGGCAGUUUGAUUGUGCACGACUGUAGGCAGUUGAACAGCUCUGCUACUAGCACUAGUCUUGAGGUUCGUGUUACCCAUGCCAUGGCUCCGUCGGCUCAGAUUGUGGCUUACGUGAUCACGACUGAUGGUGAAGUGGUUGCAGACAGUCUUUCGGUUUCUGUCACCAUCGGCUUUGAGAACUCGGUGAAUGUUUCAUUUGAUGUAACUGAGAAAAAGCCUGGCGACGAUGUGACAGUUACUGUCAAAGCGGCACCUGAUUCAUUCGUGGCUGUUGCUGCAGUUGACUAUAGUGUUGCAUUACUAGCAGACACCAAUGAUAUCACACAAGCACACGUUGUCAAUGAGCUUCAAUCAUAUGACAGUUCAACUCCAGAUUGGGAUAAAAGUCAUAUGCGGGUGUUUCUUCAGAAAAAACAUUCUAUAUGGUGGUCGUGGUCAUCGGGUGGUCAAGAUGCAUAUAGCAUAUUCGAGAAAGCAGGCAUUGUGGUAUUGACAGAUACUACUCUGUACAGGGAACAGCGACAUAGUCGAUAUUUUAGUUAUACCGCAAGAGACUCUAUGUUAUUUGACAGUUCAGCUUCUGUUGAGUAUAGUGAGAUUAGUUUCAUUUCGAGUCCACUAUCCUGCAGUCUUUCAGCUACAGAUGAAUUCGAACUUUUAGAACCCGAGAGAACGAGAACUUUUUUUCCUGAAACAUGGUUGUGGUCUGAUGCUGUAACUGGAGCUAAUGGCAUGACUACGUUUAUGAGCAAAGUUCCAGACACAAUUACGUCGUGGGUCGCAAGUGGUUUUGCAGUCAACAGCAAAUCAGGAUUGGGUGUCCCUGCGACUAGAGCUAAGUUGAAAGCGUUUCAGCCAUUUUUUGUUUCUCUCAAUCUUCCGUACUCCGUCAGACGUGGAGAGCAGCUGGGUCUUAAAGUGACUGUGUUCAACUAUCUGGAUGUUGAUAUUAAUAAUGUGCUUGUGGAACUGGAAGACAACAGAGAUCUUCUUCCUGUGUCAUACAAUAUUUUGACAAAUGAAGCAGAACUAAUCAACCCUCCCGAACCGCUUAGACUCUCAAGAACUAUUUCGGUCACUGCUAACAGUGGGAUGACAGUUGUGUUUGCAGUUACCCCAAGAACGGUGGGUCAAAUUGUGAUCAAAGUAAAAGCAAGAUCGAGUGUUGCCGCUGAUGCCGUGGAGCGCCAGUUGCUUGUUGUCCCUGAAGGCCGAGCAGUUGAUUACACUGAAAAUGUCUUCAUACAAAUGGAUCAGUCUAAUCAAAGUUAUAAGCAGUCGUUGUCUCUAACUCUGCCGUCGGAUGUCAUCAAAGACUCAGGCCGAGCUACUGUUUCAGUUAUUGGUGAUUUGAUGGGCUCGACAUUAAACAAUCUAGAGCAGUUGGUGCGCAUGCCAUAUGGAUGUGGAGAACAGAAUGCUGCCAGUACGGCACCAAACAUAUUUGUUCGUCAGUACUUGGAUGCAACAAAACAGUUGACAUUUGACCUGAAGUCAAAAACGAACAAAUAUAUGACAACAGGAUACCAACGUCAGUUAAACUACAGACAUGAUGAUGGCUCAUACAGUACCUGGGGUGGAAAGGAUACCAGUGGUAGCCUUUGGUUGACAGCAUUUGUUGUAAAAUUGUAUGCUCUGGCUUCUGACUUUGUAACUAUCGAUUCACAACAAGUGACACUCUCAACAGAAUGGAUAGCAGAGCAACAGUCUCCGAGUGGCAUCUUUCUCCCUAUUGAAGAACACAUCGACACAUACAGAAAAGGAGAUCUUGAUGGGGAAACUGCCAACACAGCGUUUGUGCUCAUCUCGCUUAUUGAAGCCGAAAAUGCAGCCAAUAUCAAAGCAGCACUAGCAGUCGAUGCCGCUAUCACAAAAGCUCAAAGCUACCUACAAGAAAAGUUGACAUCGACGAGUAGACAUUAUACUAUCUGUAUUAUGGCAUAUGCUCUUGCACUUUCUAAAAGCUCAAUGACAUCUCAAGCUAUCACCAAGCUGAAGUCUAUUGCGACUGUAGAUGGUGGAGUAAUGUAUUGGAAGGAGACCGAUGGCUCAAGUAGGAAGAGUAGCAAUGAUGAUUUCUUUUAUUAUCCUUACCACGCACCGUCGGCUGAAAUUGAGAUGACUGGCUACGGUCUUUUGGCCAUCAUGCAGACCGGUGACAUCGCUGGUGGGGUGCCAGCUGCUAAAUGGUUGAGUAAACAGAGGAAUUCACUUGGAGGAUGGUCGUCAACUCAGGACACGUGUGUUGCUCUUCAAGCUCUCGCUAAUUUUGCUACUGCUGUGCACAGUGGAUCUGGAUAUCUUAACAUUCAUCUUACUUCGGAUGUUGAUUUGGAUUUCUCACAUUUAUUUAGUGUUGACUCUGACAAUGCACUAGUUCUUCAACAUGCAGAGGUUCCUGUUGGUGGCAAUCUUAACUUGACUGUGAACGGGUCUGGAACUGCUCUUCUGCAGGCAACUGUGGCGUACAAUGUUCCUGCACAUGGUAGCUCAGAACCGCCUUACCAGCUGGUAGUUGAUGUGUUGGAGAAGAAUACCAGUGGCAGUAUUGAUAUAACACUUUGUUCAACAUAUAAAAAGAGUAAGGACUCUGGCAUGGUUGUUGUGUCGUCUGUCCUCCCAUCUGGGUUUGGAGUUGAUCAUGAUGCAAUGAAGACAUACUUGAAAUCCGAUUCAGAUGUGAAGAGGUAUGAUGUCAGUGGAGAUCAGGUGGACAUUUAUCUCAACCAGCUUGUGUAUAACAGCAAGAAAUGUGUAGUAGUCACAGCCAAUCGUCAGUAUGAUGUUGGAAAUGUGAAACCAGUCCCUGCUGUUGUCUACAGUUACUAUGAACCUGAUCUCGAGAAAGAGUCUGUGCUGUAUGCACCAUCGACAAUGGCUGGCGUGACUGUAUGUGAGCUAUGUAUGUGUAACGAGAAUUGUGCUGGAUGUGAUAAUUACCAGAAAACUAUUGGCUGCUUGACACAGAAACCAUCUUCGAGCUCUCCAUCCGUUUCCAGUAUUUAGUUGAUGACUGUUCUAAUGACUUUUGUUGGUAUGGUGGUGAUGAGUUCAUUGCUAGAAUGAUUCUGUUAAUCGACUGGAUGUAACGGGUGGUUAAGUGAGUGAACUACAUAUGUUGAACUUCAUUAGUUUUACUCAUGGCUGCAUUGUAUGGAUGGGGUAAUUUUUUAUCUGGUUUAUGAGCUUAUCUUGUAGGGUUAAGCAUGCACAGAAUGUCUGUAGAAGUUUUUACUGAUGGUUUAUAAUGAACCUGUGAAAGGUUCAAAUUCAACUAGCAUUGAUAUUGUUAGUUUUGUUGCAUUGAUUUUGUUGCAACCCA